CAUUCUCCUCCAUUUCCCUCCAUUCACACCCUCCCAACUCUUUUUCAUCUUUCAAGUUUCAAUUCAACCAUCACCAAUUCAUUAUUAACAUCAGUUCUUUCAUAGUUUUGAUUUUAAAUACUACUAUCACUUAAAUCUCACGUUGUGAGAUUUCACUUAUUAUUAUUGUAUUAUCACUUAAACAUAGAAUUGGAUCGCGAGGAUGUGAAUCAAGCAGAUCGAGUCAUUCUAUCUGAACAAGUAUAUAAUCUAACAGUUUUGGCUCAAGUGUUGCUUUUUUAGUUCAAUCGAAAAAACCUCCAUUACUCUAAUCAGGAGCAUCCGGGUCGGGUCGGAUCCAAAGGAAAUGGUCAGAGAGCCCAUCAAGAACAUCCGGGUCGGUUCAGACCCAAAAGAGCUGGUCAAGGAACUCAGCAGGAGCAUACGGAUCGGGUCAGACCCGAAAGAUCUGGCCAAAGAACUCAGUAGGAGCAUCCGGAUCGGGUCAGAUAUGAAAGAGAUUACCAAAGAUCUCGGCAGGCAUAUUCGGGUCGGGUCGGAUUCAAAAGAGAUGAUCAAAGAUGUCCGGCAGAGGUCUCCGGCAAAGUACCGGAACAGUACUUCUCCAGCUAGAAGGACGGAUCACUUAUCCGGUUCGGGUCAGAUCCGGAAUAAUUCUCCAAGCCGGGUCGGGUCAGGAAAGAAUACGGGCGGGUUAUCGAGAAAAGAUAAUGGUGAGAGUUCAUGCCGGAGAUCGAGGUCACCAGUAAUAUGUGGAGAUCAAAUUAACGGAGGAACGAGGAAGAGCAUAAGUAGAUGCCCAUCGGUGAGGAAAUCCGGUAAGUCGCCGGGAAGGGUAAGAUCGGAAUUGGGUGACCGGCGCCGGAGUCCAGCGGAAGCUGGAAAUGGUAAUAGGGAAAAUAAUAAUAAUUACAAGAGGUCUUUGACAAGUGGAAAUAAUGAAACUAUUGAAAAUCCACUUGUGUCCAUGGAAUGUUUUAUUUUUAUUUAAAGUAAUAAAAAGAAAUGUACCAUAAUGUUAGAUUGGA